CCUGUUCACGACUUGGUAAAGUACUGGCAGGAGUACUCGGAAGCUGCUGGAGCAUCGCCUCUUCCUGCGUACUAUGAUGUCCUCUACAACGAUCAGCUGAUCACAUCAUUCACCAAUCUUACAAGAGCAAAAAUUUAA